CACCCCGCUCCUCUCCGCUGCCCCGCCCCGACCCAGCACUCCGUCUCCUCCACCGCCGCCGCCGCCGCCGCGGCCCGCGGCCUCCUCCUCCGCGACGCGGGCUCCCCCGUCGUCAAGCGCGCCCCAGACGGCGGCGGGUGGCUCCUCUGGCACCAGUCCGGCGCGCACGUGGCCCUCUCCACCUCCCCGGACGGGCUCCGCUGGAGCGCCCCCGUCCCCCCGGACCCGCUGCUGCCCUCCGAGGACUGGUGGGCGUUCGACACCGCCGCCGUCCGCCCCUCCGACGUCCUCCUCAUCUCCGGCCCCGCCGCGUCCUCGCGCCGCGUCCCGUCCUCCGCGGUCUACUGGCUCUACUACGCGGGCUCCACCGACGGGCGGUUCGGCUCCGCGUUCCCCGCCGCGGACGUCCCCGCGCUGCCUGGGCUCGCCAUCAGCCAGGACGGCCGCAACUGGGCGCGCAUCGAGGGGGACCACCACACCGGCGCGCUCCUCGGCGUCGGGGAGGAGGAGCGGGAGGAACCCCGCGGGUGGGAGGCGCGCUGCAUUGCCGCGCCCAAGGUGGUGAUGCACGCGGACGGGGACCUGCGGAUGUACUACCACUCGUUCGACGAAAUGUCGCAGCGGCACGCCAUCGGUCUGGCGAGGUCCAGGGACGGCAUCCGGUGGACCAAGAUGGGGAAGGUGCUCGAGGGGGGCCGUGCUGGAUCGUUUGAUGAGUGCGGAGUGCGGCACGGACAUGUUGUCCGUGACCGUGCUGCCGGGCGGUAUGUCAUGGUGUAUGAGGGUGUUGAUGCCGAUGGGAGGGUGAGCAUUGGAAUGGCCGUGUCGGAGGACGGCUUGAAAGGCUGGAGGCGGUCCAGUGAGAUGCCAGUGCUGUGCCCGUCUGAGGAGGACGAAGGGUGGGAUGGCGCUGGGGUUGGUUCACCUUACUUGGUGCAAAUGGAUGGGGCCUAUGACUGGAGACUGUAUUACAUGGGUGUUGGGGGGCAUGGCGAGGCUUCGAUCGGUAUGGCGUAUUCAGAGGGUCAGGCUCUUCAGAAAUUCAAGAAGUGUGAUGCUGUUCUCAUGUAAGGGAUCCAACGAAGCUGUUGAACAAAGUGGUACAGUCUUCCUCUGGCUCAAGAGGUUGAUCUGUUUUGAGAGGCCAUGUGCAGAGGGAAGGACCUGUACUGUAGUCUCAAUAAUGCAAUGUUGCAUAGUUAUUUCAACGGGGUCAUGGUUGUCCUUUCUUCCUUCGUUGCGAGACAGCAGUCUGACAAGAACAGACAGUGCACUUCAUCUUGGCAGAAAGAAGUCAGAGAAGAUACUUAUGGUGUUGCAGCAAAAGGAUCGCUAAUACUCUGAACACUUCAGAGGAUAUCAUCUACUGUAACAAUCUGGAGCUGACUAAUUUCAUGGGUACUCACCUGUUACCAAGAAGGGCAUGAAGCUGGAUGAUGGUCUGCUCUUCCUGCAAGCUGAACUUGCCCCUCUUGAUGUCCGGCCUCAGAUGGUGGAAUUCAGGUUUAUCCACACUCACCUGCCUUCGCAGGCAGUGAUCGCCAGCUCCCAUGCCCGUGCUCCUCAAUGUAGGCAAGCAGCUUCUGAUCCUCCUCUGGCGUCCAUGGACCUUUCUUCAGGCCAAUCUUCUCACAGCAUGGUGAUCGCCCCAUUAAAGCAGUGUGGUGUGUUAUCGUUGUGAAGUCAAGCUGACAACUGAGUGCCCGGCUGGAGGAUAAAUAGAGCAGGAUGAGAAGACAACGCGCACUGCUACUGCUAUAAAUCAUUAGCAUGAUAGGAGGUAUGACACUGAAUUUUCCAUGUCUUAUCAUGACUUAAAUGUCCUUGUGUUGGUUUGCUUCAGUUUGGCUACGAGGUACAUGUAGACGUACAGGUCCUUGUUGAUCUACUUGAACGUAAAAAUACAGUAACAAACAAUUUCCUUCAUUUGAGGGUCAGUUUAACACUGAGGUCCAGUUCACUAUGGCCCAUGAAUUGAUAAUCGCAAUAACUCCAUGGUUGAUUGGGCCCACAUGUGACACCAAGUCCAGGUUGGUGUAGGGGUAAGGCAAAGAAAUGAUUCGUUUCUUCGGGUGAGAUGGGUCAAGGUUAUGGUCCGUUGUUUGAUUGAGAUGAGCCUUAAAGUCAUUUGGACUUGGGCCUGGAUGUUUCCAGUAAAUAUAAUGGUAGAAACCAGUCAUAUAAUCUUGUGGAGAGGUAGUUAUGCUUUGGUUUAUUGUCUGAUGUGAGCCAAUACGAUGAUUAUCUUGUAGUGCCUAAAAAUGAUCUGGAAUGAGGAUUUCAUCAUGGCGAGUCUCUGUCACUAUGCAGUUCUGGUGAGCAGCUAUAAUUGGAACCGAAGUAUUUUAGCUAUGCAAUCAGUCUGGUGCAGCUUUAGUUAGAAUGGAAGUAGUUUUCAGUAAUCCCAUUCUGCCUAUAUCAUAUACGAUUGUCAUCUUGGUAAGGCUGAGAUUAAAGGACGAAAUAACUGAACCUAUAGAGUAGGGAGCAACUUCAGAACUGUUGAUGCCUGGCAGGGUACCAAAGUCAUUGCUUCUUUGACAUGUAGGGAGGCCUGUCAUUGCAGUGUCACUUUUCAGAAGAAAGGAAAGGAAAGCCUUUACCAGUGAACUUUGCUAUUGAUACUGUUUGCAGGUAGUGUUCAACUGACCAGUAAAAAGGAGGAGCUUUUUCUAAAGUCCUAAACACGAGCACAAACAAAAUUCGGAAAUUGAUUCAGUAAUUAAAAUACCAGAGAACUUAGAAUUACUUGUUCCUAUCCAAUGUCAAAAGACCAGAAUUUGGUGGUGCAAGGAACUACUGUUAGGUCUCAUUACCUUGAGUUCUUAGGGCUGUCAGUGAGAUGGGUUAAUGCCUUGGGACUAAUGGGGUCGUUUUGGUUUGUCAUGACUUUCUGAUUUGGUUUGUCAUGACUUUUUGAUAUCCUUGUGUGCUCCCUAUCUAAUAUAUCAAUUUUCUAGUUCUCCAGUAUGUCUUAUCAAAACUUUCAGAUGCGUCAGAUUUGAUUCGUAGAUGUAAGGAACGAAAUAAAGAUCCAAUCAAGCCAUCAAGGAGAAGUGAAUGCCCAAACUGUACCUGUUACCUUCCACUGAAAGGUUCUGAGAUUGUUUGUUUACGAAGGUAUGAAGUGGAGUGGAGAACGGAGAGUCAAAGUGGGAGGCUGUGGAAGAAGCAGGAAUAAACUAACCGGCAAAUAUGUCAAAAGUCAAACUCAUAGUAUUGGCUGAUACUAUGCCCCGACUCCUGAGUGCUUUCUGAACAUGCACGGCCUAUUAAUGGCACCAAAUGGCCUGUACCUGUAUUGACUCCAACCAUAUGACUUUCAAGGCACUCAUAUGACUCUAGGCCUGUAUUGAAUGCGGUCCAAACCACACAAGCUGUCAGCACCCCCGGAAGUUAGGCCUUGUUUAGUUAAAAAAAAAUUAGAUUUUGGUACUGUAGCACUUUCGUUAUUAGUUGACAACUAAUGUCCAAUUAUUUACCGUUAAACUGUGUAAUGAGUUAUUUUUUUAACUGUAUUUAAUGUUCCAUACAUAUAUCCAAAGAUUCGAUGUGAUGGAUACUGUAGGAAAAUUUUUGGGAACUAAACAUGACCUUAACCUACAGCUUCAGGGUCACUCCAUUAGCAGUGCGGCAAAUAUGUUUGAUUUGUACAUGGAUUGGAGCAUGAUGGUAGGUGAGAAUACUCCCAUAGUUGGAUGAACAACCAUAGACAACCAUAAUGUGUGAUUCUAUCCAUAGUCAAAGUACUUUCUUGAUGAUCAAUUGGUUCACUUGAAUUGUAUA